AUGGACAGGCCUGAGCAAUUGCAAAAGACGCUCACCGGUCUGGGAGUAAUCCAAUUGCUGGCCAUUGACGUUGUGGCAAACCUUCCGGACCGUUCGAAUGAUGUCGUUUCUACCUGGCCUGCUCCUGACUUUUCACAUCGCGGCUACGGGGUUCGGGUAGGAGCUGUCGACAAGAGGCAGUGCCCUCUUUUACCUGUUGUUCCACAAACCGGCUACCCAAAUACCUCGCAAGAAUCCUUCUGUUCUCUGGCCCCGUCACAUCCUUCUCUGAAGUCCAGUGCUUCUUACAAACCUCCACCUUGGUGCGCGAGGUCAUUCCCGCCUCCACUUCUGACCGCAUGUUUUGUCCAAGACCACGGUGACCGAGGUGUCGAUUCAGGUCCGCAUCGACACUGCCUACAGACUGCCAACCUCAGGACAGGCAGAUCGUGUCCAGGCCUUUUACAAUUCUUCCAGGUUCUCGCGCUCCAUGUUACGUCUCUCCCUCGUUUGACCAAAUCAUCCGAGCGACGACUCUGCUCGCCAUGUGUCUUUCGGAUUUCUGGCUCUGUGCCUCACAUAUCAUUAUCAGUCGCGGCCCGAUGUCUCCACAGCCGAGAGAGGACCGAAUGAACCUGGGCAUGGGCAUCUCCCCUGUUUGUGCCGCCUUUUCCUCGUCCAUUUUCGUCGGUAGGAUUCUCCCGGUAAACCCUAUUUCACACACCCCGACAAGCACACAAACCCCCCCCCCCCAAAGCUGGCCCUGCUAGAACCACGCAAGUCUCCUAUAUUUCCCUGGACCUUCUACUUUCAGCGGGCCUGUCCAGGGCAAUUGUUGGUUGGGAGCUCCAAAACCGUGGCCACGGAUGGCAGGCGACGAUAGCAAGCCGCAAGCGGGCUUCCACUAGCAGCGGCGACUCGACCUGGACGAAUGAUCGAGGCAGACCGCAUACACCGAUA